AAUCAGAACGGGUAAAGAAAAAAAAAAGUGAAUCGAGAAGUAACGAUAUAACACGCCGUAUUUGUACUUUUCCCCUUGUUUCUGCAAUUUGUACCUCGAUUUUUCAAAACUUUGGGGAAUUCCGAUCUCUCUCUCUCUCUCGUCCUGUUCUUCCUCCGUCUCUCUCUGGAUCUCCGUCUCCGAUUCACCUGAGUUUUCGAGCUUUUCCCGGCUGAAAUCGCUGCGAAGAAGCGAAACACCUAGAUUCUUCGCUAACUUCUUGGUUGUACGGAUCUAGCCUGCUGUCCUCGUUCUUCAGCUACGUCGAAGCUGUUCUAUUCGUUCUCCUCGCCGCCAUGUUCUGGAAACUCACGGCUCUCUCUGCCUCGUCUCCGGUCGAGUCAAUACUAGACAAAGAAAAUUUCACAUUGGAGGAACUCCUUGACGAGGAGGAAAUUAUUCAAGAAUGCAAGGCUUUGAAUAGCCGACUUAUCAAUUUUAUAAGGGAUAGAGCUCAAGUGGAGCAGUUACUGAGGUACAUUGUUGAAGAACCUCCACAGGAUGCUGACAGCAAACGGGCUUUCAAGUUUCCAUUCAUCUCCUGCGAGAUAUUCACUUGUGAAAUUGAUGUUAUUCUGAAAACAUUGGUGGAGGAAGAAGAGCUGAUGGACCUGCUUUUCUCCUUUUUGGAACCAAAUCAUCCUCAUACGGCAUUGCUGGCAGGCUAUUUCAGCAAGGUUGUCAUCUGCCUUAUGAUCAGAAAAACUGCAGCACUGAUGAACUAUGUAAAAGGUCAUAAAAAUGUUUUCGGUCAAUUGGUUGAUUUGAUUGGAAUAACAUCCAUCAUGGAGGUUUUGAUUCGCUUAGUUGGGGCUGAUGAUCAUGUGUAUCCCAACUUUCUGGAUGUGAUGCAAUGGUUGGCUGAGAGUGAUUUACUUGAGAUGAUUGUGGAUAAACUAAAUCCAUCUAGUCCUGCUGAGGUUCAGGCAAAUGCAGCAGAAACACUAUGUGCAAUUACUCGAAAUGCUCCAUCAGCUUUAUCCACAAAACUCUCUAGCUCCGGCUUUGUUGCAAGGAUCUUUGGUCAUGCUUUGGAAGAUUCACAUUCAAAAUCUGGUCUAGUCCAUUCACUUUCAGUAUGCAUCUCUUUAUUGGAUCCAAGGAAAUCUGCUGCUUCAUCACCCUUGUUCAAUUCUUUUAGAGGUCAAUACAUGUUUGAGUCUCCUCUUCCGGUGACUCAGGAGACCAUAGAGGCCAUGCUACCUAAACUCAGUGAUUUGCUUAUGCUUCUUACUGUAUCAUCUGACAGCAAGGUAUUGCCUACGACAUACGGAGAGCUAAAGCCUCCUCUCGGGAAGCACCGUUUAAAGAUUGUGGAAUUUGUUGCAGGUUUGUUGAAAACUGGAAAUGACGUUGCAGAAAAAAAUUUAGUUAGCUCAGGAACCAUUAAAAGGAUUUUUGAUCUAUUUUUUGAGUACCCAUACAAUAACGCUCUGCAUCACCAAGUGGAGAGUAUAAUACUUUCUUGUUUGGAAAACAAAAAUGAUGCAAUGGUGAACCAUAUUCUUCGAGAAUGCGAUCUGAUUGGCAGAAUUAUUUCAUCAGAUAAAAACCCGGUUCUAUCUGAUGAUAACCAGCCUACUGUACCUGCCAAUGGGAAAAAGCCGCCAGGGGUUGGGUAUGCUGGCCAUAUCACUAGAAUCUCAAAUAAACUUGUUCAGUUGAGUAACAGCAAUAGCCAGAUAAAGGCAUGUCUUCAGGAAAACAGCGAAUGGAACGAGUGGCAAGUUAGUGUUCUGCAGGAACGUAAUACUAUUGAGAAUGUCUACAGAUGGGCAUGCGGGCGUCCGACUACAUUACAAGAUAGGACAAGGGAGAGUGACGAGGAAGACAGGGAUUAUGACGUUGCAGCGCUUGCCAAUAAUUUGAGCCAGGCAUUUAGAUACAAAAUCUAUGGAAAUGAUGAUAACGAAGAGGACAACAAUGCUCUUGGCAGAGACGACGAUGAUGUGUACUUCGACGAUGAGUCAGCUGAAGUCGUUAUUUCAUCCUUGAGACUUGGGGAUGACCAAGGAAGUUUGUUCACAAAUUCAAACUGGUUCACGUUCCAAGACGAUACAAACAGGAUUUCUAACGUCACCAACAGCAGUAGCAGCGAUGACGAGGUCGUCGUCGGAGAAGACGACGAUCUAUCAGAGAAAGCAAAGGACACAUCGACAUCCACGACCGGAGUCAGCUUCCUAACAGAGAACCCCAUGGGAUUUUUCAACUUCGACACCUCAGAGGAAAACACAGAAGCAGCCUUCACAGAACGGCCGCCCGAGUGGGUCGGGUGGAGCGAACCAUCCGAUAUGCAAGUCAGCGGAUCUGGUCUAAACCCAUUCAUCGAUGGCGACGAUGACAAUGAGGCUAACACGAACCUCGACGUACCAAUGCCUGACAUCAAAACCGAACCCGUGAUUCCAAAUGGAUCCCCGACAUCAUCAACGGAAGGAACGACUGGGAGCAGGGGAACAAGGCAGGCGGUGGGGGCAUUGUUCGAGGAGGAAGUGGAGUAUGUGGGAGUGGAAGCGGAAGGGACGGGGAAAGCAAUGGAGCAGGCGUUGAAGGAAGGGAUAGUAGGGGAAGCUGGACCAUUGAAGAGGAACAUGAUGGGGCAGGAGGAUCAUAAGGAGGUAGCCGAAGACAGCUCUGGUGGAGUCAAAGAGUUCAACGACGCCAAUUACUGGAGGCUCGAUCAAGAAGUUGUCGUUUUAGAGUGAUUUUUUUUUUAAAAGGAGGUACGUAUACGUACACUUGAGAAUAAUCCUUUUUUUUUUGUACAGUUAUAAUUUCGUAUGGGAGAAUGGGGGGAAGUAGAAAGAGGAAAGCUUCGGGUUUGAAUUUGAAUGUAAAAGGAGUUUUUUGGUCAUUGUCGGUCACGGUGGUGGUGGUGGUUGUCGUUACCACACUUUUAAAUUUUGUCAGUUGUUGUCUGA